AUGACUUAUUGUACAAAAUGCUGGCGUAUCGGACACGUACGUGAUCAAUGCAAAACAAAUAUACAACGAUGUCGUGUUUGUCUAGAAGAAAUAACAAAAAAAGAAGAACAUCAGUGCACGAAUAUACCAAAAUGCGCACAAUGUGAUGGUGAACACCAUUCGCUUCAUAGUCAAUGUCACAUCAUUCAAACGUAUCGUGCUAAUCUAAAAGAAGACGUUACAAAAGCUGUAGAAUCUGGUAAAUUACAGCGUAUCACCUAUCCUAAACAACCAACUUUUAGUGUUAAUUAUCAAGAAUUUCCACCUAUGAACGAACAUAAUAGGCCCCAGCAGCAACAACAAUUUGCAUGGAAUCAUACACGAACAGAAACACUAAACAACGAAACAUCGAACGUAACACAAGUACUUGCAGUCAUCAAUGAAAAUCUAGUAGUAAUGCGUGAAAGUAAUAUGAGAGUGGAAGAAAAAUUGGAUAAAAUCGACGUUAAAGUAAAUCAAGCAGCUCUUGAUGCAGAAUUACACCAAACUACACUUGAUAAAUUAAUUGACUAUAUACAAUCACUUAUCGAACAUGUUUUAUGGCCCGUAACAAGUCAAGUUAAACCGGAUCUGCUCCAAUCCGUAAAAGGUCUCCAAUCUAUUCUUACUAAACUUGGUUACCUUAAAUUAUCCUUAUGUGACGAUUACAAGAUUAGACGUAAACGUGCUGAAUCACCACCUCCUACUCACGAGAAAUCGAACACAUCGAAAGAAAGAAAGAAAGAAAAAAAAAUGGUGGUUCAUCAGUUACAAAUCAAUCAUAAGUAG